CUUCCAAAGAGGCAUUCGGCAAAGAGGAGGGCAACCAUUGGGCAAGUUCAUCCGUCAUUGGGUCCAGUUCAUCGAUCUCACUCAUCGCCGAUGAGUCCCUUUGUCGUUCAGGCGUUGCUGACUACCACGCUGCUGUCGGCAUCCAAUGCCGCGCUGGCCUUCCUUGGCCAUCACCGACACACCCACUUCUAUGCCCCGAUGGCGUUCCGGAGGAAUCAGCUGCGGUUGGGACGACGGGCGGCUGAGAGGUCGGACGGUGAAUGGAGGCCCUCUACGAGGACGAGCUGAGGAGGCAACGCGACGCCUUGUUGGCUGAGAGGGAUGAAUGGAAGCGGCUGUAUCAGCAAGCAGUGGAGCGAAAGGAGGAGACCGUCCCGAGUCGCCGGGGCCCGAAUUCCGCUGCCUCCCGUUCCUGCGUCUUCGGAUGCGUUGGGUGUGACCGACGAGCAGUAUGAGGCUCUUUGUGGCUGGGUCGACAACAAACCACUGCGGCUCAUCUACAGGUACACACGAGGAUUGAUAGUGGUGUGUGUGAUUGCUGGCUGCUGACGGUGCCUGCUGUCUGUCUGUCAUGCAGUGCCUCGUGUGAUGGCUGUCGAUCUGACGACCUGUUUCGCCGCGUGGGCGACGCGAGCCCUCUGGUGUUCAUCAUCCGCAAAGAGCAGUCUGUCUUCGGCCUCUAUAUGGAUGCCAGCAUCAAGCCGGCCCUUCAACCCACCUGGGGGAGCGCCUACGACUGCUGGGUGUGGUGGUUCUCGUUGGCCGGCCACUUCGCCAAGCCGACCAAGAUCAAGAUACUGAGAACCAUAAGAGAAUGGAACGAGGAAGACCGCGGUAGCGGCUGGGAGAACGUGACAGUGACAGUGGCUGGUAGAGGGGAGCGAGAUGGCGGGUGUCUCGAAUGGCGGUCAAAUGACCAGGUGGGGGAAGCGGCUGGCUUUAUUUGGGGGUGGAUGAGAUGCGAUAUUCGGGAGAUGAUGACAGACCCGGCGAGGAUGACCUGCGUCGCUGUCGUCAAUUUUUCCUGAGAGGUGAAGACCCCCGUUUAACCUUCCUGGAAGGGUAUCAAGGCGUGAUGGGGGCUGGCUUUGGGGGGCCCCGCGCCUGCUUCGGGGCUGGCUUUGGGGGCUAUGAUAGGUUCGUGGCUGACGAUGUGGCUGUUCUG